GAGUUUCUAAUGUUCCGUUUUUCUCAAUAACAGAGUAGGUCAUCAGGAGGAGGCUUUGUCUAGUCAUGAACGAAGGUAAUGAUCAUUUAUCGCGAUACUGGUGGGGGCGACCUACCUUGGUCGUAAUUACUGAAUCAGACUCGAUCAUGAUUUAGUCGCGUGAACUUUGUUUUUCUGUCUAUCAACAAGAAGACAUGAUGGGACAUCCAAAUGCAUAUAUAUGCCCGCGUAUCUCUGUAUCCUUACUUCUCUUUCAAUUCAUCAGUCUGCCCAGUAAGUCCUUUAUUCACUCAACUUGCAAUAUGUCCGCAGAAAAUACCCCUCUUUUAUCUGAGCUCACCCCUUCGCAUCACCGCCCUGCGUCUACCUCGUCCUCAGUGUCGUUCUUUCCACCUGCCCUACAGAAAUUUCGUCUCGCAGUCGGCAUUAAUGUUCCUGUAACCUCACCUGCAAUGUUUCCACCUUCUGACUUCGAAAAUCUACGUGGAAAUUCCUACGGUAUUUACAAAUCUGUUCUUGUUCAACAGCGCAACUUCUCCUUGCAAUAUCACCUCAUGGAAGGUGUAUACUAUAUUUCUAUACUCUCGCAGCUCUUCAUCGGUGGUGUCCUCGCUUCAUCUGGCCAACUAUCUCAAACGUACCCGCAGGCAGUUCCCAUAUUAGGAGUUGCCAACACAUGUUUAGCUGGAGUUCUAGGACUCCUGAAGAGUCAAGGAUUGCCGGAUCGACUGCGCAAAGACGAGUUUGAGAUGCGAAAAGUCCAAGACUUUAUUGAGGAAUGCGAUGCUAGGCUGGCAAUUGGAUGGGGAGAGACAAUCAGUGAAUCGGAGGUGGAUGGUCUGAUUAAGGAAGUGUUUGAUCAUUACAGUGUCGCGAGGGACACUACGGAGAUGAACAGACCAACCAAUUAUACAUAUCAGGCCGAUGGGGAUGGAACUGGAAACAGAGGAGCCAUGAAUCUACAGCGCAAAAUGCAUUCUGAGUCGGCAAAUCCUAGGCGUUCGGUCGGAGGCAGACAGAGUAAUAUUUCGGUCGGUGGGAAUGGGAAAUCUUUGCAGAUAUAUUAGUGUGCUCCUCGUCUUUGGCCCUUGCUUUCACUUCCUCGCUACCCCCUAAAUUUGCUACCUUUGGAAGAGAUUCAAUACCCUACAGGUUAUUGAGUUAACCAGUAAAUACCAUUUAAUACAAAUUACGCGUCCAGACUUCA